GUUUCGCCUUGUCUCCACUAAAUAUUUUCUUCCACGAAAUUCUCUCUCUCUGUCUCUCUCUCUCACACACUCUGUUCUUUCUAUCUUUUGCCAGUAAUGGCCAGUGCAUCACUGCCAGUGCAAGAAAAGAGGCUUAGAGCGUUUUCAUCGGGAAGGUAAACUCCUCCCCACUCUCCCCCCUCCCCCCAAACCCUAAGCCCUUUUGCUUCCCUUUCUUCCAACCCACUACCACACACACCCCCACCCCCCCUUCCCUCCCUCCCUCUUCCUUUCUCUCUCUGACGCUUUUAUUUCCAUCUGUCCAUUUCUCUGUGUUUAUGCAAAGAAAGCCACACAGAGAGAGAGAGAGAGAGAGAGGGAGCUCUAAGAAGAAUCCACUGUUGGGGAUUUUUUUCCCCUGUAAAAAGGUUUGUAGCACAAAACUCGGGAGGCCACUUGCUGGACAAAAGAUUAGAGAGAGAAAGAAAGGUUGAUAGAGAGACAAGGACAGAAUCACAGGGAGACUACAAAAUCAAGAGAGAGAAAGUAAGUAAGAGAGGAGAGAGAGUUCUCUGUCUCUGUCUAGGGCUUUAUUAUAUAACAAGGAGAAGUGAAGUGAGGUUAUAUAUAGAGAGAGAGAGAGAGUGAAAAGGAAAGAAAGAAAGAGAGAGAGAGAGAGGAAGAGGGGAUGAUGGAAGGGGGCUCAUCAUCAUCAUGCUCAAAUGGAAAUGGUGGUGGGAGCACAUCAUGUACGAUGAUGAUGAUGAUGAUGGGAGGAGUAGGAGGAGGAACAUAUAGAGAGAAUAACAGUGGAAGGUUGAGUAGUAACAAUAACAAUAAUAAUUUUAAUUUUAAUAAUAAUAUUAUUAAUAGUAAUAGUAAUGUUAAUGUUAAUGGGGUUUUGUGUCCUACGAUGAUCAUGACAUCUUCUACUGCUACUACUUCCCCUUCUUCCACUUCUACUACUUCCCUCACUACAUCUACACAUCACUUGCUCAACCCUAACAUCAGUCACCACCACCCCCACCCCCACCCCACCUCAUCAUCCUACGCCCACCUCCUCCCGCUCCCACCACCACCUCCUCUUCCCCCGGCGGCCAACGCCGCGCGUGGUGUCUACUUCAUGGAGAUCGACGGCGGCUGCGGCGGGUCCUCGUCCUCCUCGGUUCCUGCCAAGGCCAAGAUCAUGGCACAUCCUCACUACCCCCGCCUCCUUGCUGCUUAUGUCAAUUGCCAAAAGGUGGGAGCGCCGCCGGAAGUGGUGGCCAGGCUGGAGGAGGCGUGCUCGGCUGCUGCUGCUAUGGGAGGCGGCGCUGGCUCGGGAUGCAUCGGGGAGGACCCAGCGUUGGACCAGUUCAUGGAGGCGUACUGCGAGAUGCUCACCAAGUACGAGCAAGAACUCUCGAAACCUUUCAAAGAAGCCAUGCUUUUCCUGCAGAGGAUUGAGUCCCAAUUCAGAGCCCUCACCCUCGCCUCCUCUGAGCCUGUUUUCAGUGAUGGAAUGGACAGGAACGGGUCGUCCGAGGAGGAAGUUGAUGUGAACAACAGCUUUAUUGAUCCCCAAGCCGAAGAUCGGGAGCUGAAGAGUCGGCUCUUGCAGAAGUACAGCGGUUAUUUAGGGAGCCUCAAGCAGGAGUUCAUGAAGAAGAGGAAGAAGGGGAAGCUACCUAAGGAAGCUCGGCAACAGCUUCUCGACUGGUGGACCCGACAUUACAAGUGGCCGUAUCCCUCAGAGUCGCAGAAGCUGGCGCUAGCAGAAUCGACGGGGUUGGACCAGAAGCAGAUAAACAACUGGUUCAUCAACCAGAGGAAGAGGCACUGGAAGCCGUCGGAGGACAUGCAGUUUGUGGUGAUGGAUGCAACUCACCCUCACUACUACAUGGACAAUGUCUUGGGCAAUCCCUUCCCAAUGGACAUCUCUCCGUCCAUCCUCUAAGCUAUCAUAUCGGUCGUGUUCCCCGGAAUAGUUGCAGAUUCCAUGAGAUUAAUUAGUUGCAUACUAUAUAUAUAUAUUUAUUAUGUUAUAUAUGUAGUAUACAUAUAUACAUUGACAGAUGUUAUAUUUGAUUCGGAAUGGCUGCACCGGUUGUUUGGACACCUCAAAUUAGACACAUCGGGGAUUGUAGGAUGUAUAUGUAUCUACCUGACAUGAUGUCGUAUGACCCUCGAGAAGUUGCAGGAGAUUAUCAUAGAUUGAUGUGUG